UAUAGUUAGAUUUUGUGAACUCAUGAUUAUGACUUGCGCAAGUGUAAGAAAGAAACAAUUCAAAUAAAUAAGAAGACUUCUUAUUUCCCAUAGCGGAAAUGCAACAUGUUAAAAAAAUCUUCAGCAAUGGAUGACGGCACUGAACUAUGUCGCCUAUGUUUGCGUCAUGACAAAUCAAUUGUGAAUAUCUUUGAGCAGGAGUCUCCACAGUCAGCACAAAAAACGCCACCAACCGUUGGAGCAGAGAAAAGAAUGCCAAUGGUGGAAUGGCUGUAUGACUUGUUAGGUGUUAAGUUUCAGCAAUCAACGUUGUUGCCUAGUAACAUCUGCCAGCGCUGUUUUGCAAUGGUUGAGGCGUUUUCCGCUUUUCGCGAAAAUGUGCAAAGAAUUGAGACUGAGUUGCAGAGUUGGGUGGAACGCCAAAAUAGAAGAACGGCAGAUUGCGUGGAUCAACGUCCGAGUCUUAAUGGCAACCCAGGCACAUUUGAGCCUGAAGAUAAUUGCAUAAUAACUGAAGUGAACCCCAAUCAAGAUUACGAAAGUUCAGAGGAUGAUUUUUUUAUGGAAUCGGAUUCGGAGGGCGAAGAGCAUUCGGCUUCAUCACCACACGCCUUGCAAAUGCAAACUUCUACAAAUGACACGCAUCAAUUAUCGCAGCAACCGACAAAUGAACCAAACGAUUCGCUAUCGGCAACAGUUCCUAUGACCACAGAGGAACAGCAAAACACCGACAACUCUAUGCCUGCGUCCGAAGCACCAACUGCUUUUCCCAACAUGCUUGGUAGCGACUCAUUUAUUGCCGGAGAAAUUGUGAUUAAAAACACCUUCCUUUGCCAGUAUUGUGAUAUGGCAUUUACAACGCAACCCUGCCAAGAGCAUGAACCACAACACGACAGUGCCGCACCCUAUGUCUAGCGCACAUCAAGUCGUCAGAAUUUAAUAUACCAUAUCAAGGAACUACAUGAUCCUGAGCGGCCAUAUGUAUGUGCAUUCUGCAAAAAGGGCUUCUGCCGGCGUUCGGAUUUGAAAAAAAACUUUUCUCGUAAUACCAAUUUAACAAAACACAUACGAAUUCAUAGCAGCGUAAAACCACAUGUUUGUACGCGUUGCCCACGAUCCGUUUCAAGCGCGACAGAUCUGAUGCGACACAUUCGUACACAUACAAACUCAAAGCCAUUCCAAUGUAGUCUUUGUCCAAGUACUUUCGCACGCAAAGAUAAACUGCAGGAGUACAUACCUAUGUACCUUUGCCCAGGUGAGGACUUAGCAUCACACCUUAAUCCGCAGGAACCGAACCUUCUGUCUAAAUGGAAACGGCAGUUGACAUAUACGGGUUGCAACGAGAUUUUUUAUCUAAUGGUCAGACUUCGAGGGUCUCUGCUAUGUGUAGGUGAGUGA